AUGGCGGAGACUGACUCUCACUUAGCUUCUCGCCGUCUGAUUAUCAGGGACGUCAAGUCGACCCUUGAGUUCCUGAUCGACACUGGCUCAGACUCGUCAGUCAUACCGUCCAGACGGCACCACACAAGAUCCAAACCAGCAGAGUACCAAUUGUUCGCUGCAAACGGCUCAGUGAUCAACACCUACGGAUACGUUCUACUGAACCCUGACCUUGGUCUUCGCAGAGAUUUCCCUUGGCGAUUCAUUGAAGCCAACGUCUCACGGCCAAUCAUCGGGGCAGAUUUCUUGUACCAUUACCAUCUGGUACCUGAUCUACAUGAGGGCGUGCUCAUCGAUCAGUCUACCGGACUCAAGGUCACAGGAUCUCUCAAGGACGUAGCCUGUUGCUCCAUCAAAACACUCCAAGCAACCAGUACCUCGGAGUGGACGGAAAUCCUAAAAGAAUUCCCGGCGAUCACUCGCCCUGAUGGAAAACUGAAAGCCACAGCACACCAGACGAAACACUACAUCAAGACGUCACCUGGUCCACCGGUUUCCUGCAGGUUCCGCCGCCUGCUUCCAGACAAGCUGAAGCUGGCAAAGGCGGAAUUCACGAAGAUGGUACAGAUCGGCACCGCUAGACCUUGA